AGUGGGGCAAACUUUCACGUCGAUAUAUAAAACCAACGAAACAUAUUAAAGUGUAUUACUUUUCUUUUAACUGAUGCUCAAAGCUAGUGUGUCGAAAAUUCGUGUCUGGGUGCAAACGUAAUGUGCGAUCGGAACCGAGUGUAGUGCCAAUUUGGAUUUUAUUAGUUCGUGUGCCCUAUUUCAACUUGGACUAUUUUUUACCAUACAGUUGGAUUAUUUCAAGACAAGGAAGCGGCUAACCUGGCGGAACCAACAUGACAAGGUCGCGGAUGCUGAACAUUCUUGGCACGUUGGCUGUCUUUUUAUUAGGGAGAAUAAAAUGUGAUGCUCCCCUAACAGACUCAGCGUCCCUACCACUCGAACACAGAGCAGUUUAUGGUCCUCCCCUAUCUGGUCCAGGCUAUACGCAACAAUCAUUGGCAACGCUCGGUGGAGGCGGCGGAGGAGGAGGAGGCGGUGGUGACGACCCAUGGCCCUUAGCUACUCCAGAUAUGCCUCAAAUCAAGCACCUGCAAGUUCAGUGCGAGAAAACACACAUGCGCGUUAACAUCGAAUUCGAUCGUCCAUUUUACGGAAUGAUAUUCUCCAAAGGAUUUUACAGCGACUCUCAUUGUGUUCAUCUUAAACCAGGAACAGGUCAUCUCAGUGCUACAUUUGAAAUAUUUUUGAACAGUUGUGGUAUGUCUUCGUCGGCUAACCACAACGCGGCUAGUUACGGUGGACCUACCCCUAGUGGUAGUUAUGUGGAAAAUACCAUCAUUAUUCAAUACGAUCCUUAUGUGCAAGAAGUAUGGGAUCAAGCUAGAAAGCUCAGAUGUACUUGGUAUGAUUUCUAUGAAAAGGCUGUAACUUUCAGGCCUUUCCAAGUAGAUAUGCUCCAUGCUGUCACUGCAAAUUUCUUGGGAGACAAUUUACAGUGCUGGAUGCAAAUUCAAGUAGGCAAAGGUCCUUGGGCCUCAGAAGUUUCUGGUAUCGUCAAAAUUGGACAAACUAUGACGAUGGUCCUUGCCAUUAAGGAUGAUGAAAACAAAUUUGAUAUGUUGGUCAGAAAUUGUGUCGCUCACGAUGGUAAGCGAGCACCAAUUCAACUUGUAGAUCAAUAUGGCUGUGUUGUCAGACCAAAGAUAAUGAGUAAAUUCCAGAAAAUAAAGAACUUUGGACCCUCUGCCUCGGUAGUAUCCUUUGCAUACUUCCAGGCUUUCAAAUUCCCAGAUUCGAUGAACGUACACUUCCAGUGUGUAAUUCAAGUAUGCAGAUAUAACUGCCCUGAACCUAAAUGCGGAGGUCAUGGCCUCGGUUUAGAAUAUGGAGCCCCAUUAGGAGGAAAUGCAUUGGGAGGUGGAGAUUAUGGACAUGCAAAUAUUGGAGCUGAAUAUGGACCACCUCCGGCUGGUGAUUAUGGACUUCCACCUGCGUUCCCUGAUCCCAGACAUCCUUCUGGCCCUACUGGUGCCUAUUCGGAACCUAAUGCUGAUGUCGUACCUGCACCACAAGCACAAACAUCGUCAUCAUCAACAUCAAAUCCUCCAAACCUAUCAUCUCCUGCGCCUCAAGCAAACCCACAAAAUAGUAACGAAAUUCAUUUACCACCUCCUCCACCACCUGGGCAUCAUGGUUUAUACAACACAGUUAAAAGGAAGAGUAGUAACGUGAACGAUGAGCUAGAAGGUAACUUGGCUACUUUGGGUGGAAGGCCCAGAUCUGUAGAAAAUCUUCCAGCUGAGUUACAAGGAGCCAGGCGUAGAAGAAGCCCCGAAGUAAUGAACUUCGUAGUUAGUCACGUUUACAAGCGUGAAGCUCAAGAAAUGACAGAUGUUAAUACCAGUCGGAUAAUACAAGUUGUUGCUCCAGGUGAUGUCAACUUUGCUCUUAACGCGGCACAAAAUAACGAAACUGUGGUGAUUCAGUCCGCUUCGUCGCAAGAUCCUGAAACCAUAUGUAUGUCAGUUCCAAGUUUUGUAGCUGGCUUAGUGAUGCUCUUGUUAGUUUUAAUUGUCGCUAGUUUAGUGGCCGCUUUUCUAUUCGUAAGAGUGCGCGCUAUUGAUCGAAAGGGCUUGGCUACGAAUUUUGUCAGCACUCGCGGCUACGAUAACUCAGAAUUUGUGAAAGUGGCUAAUUGAGACUGUAAAAAGUGUUGAUAGAGACGAUUUUUAUUAAGGUUCCAAAGAUGAUCAGGUUUGACAAGUAAUCCUGUGGGAGUGAUGUUCUUCUAACCGGCCAUUCUAAUGAAGAUGCCGUUUCGGUCUUUAUCUGUUAAAGACCGUUUCUAUUUUGUGCUCGUAAACAGCAUGAAAAUGCUGUUACCAGCAUGAACCUUGCAUAUUUAUUUAUUCUAAUUUAUUUUAUUUAUUUUUUUCAACGCUGCUGUCACAUGUAUUACUUGAGAAAUAGUUUGUGGCUAAACAACUUUGAUGUUAUUUGCAGGCUUAAAACAAAACCCGAAACAGUUUCAACCAUGACACUUUAUAGCAUACGUACUUUUAAUGUUUGUGAUUAUUUUUUGUGCUAAAAAUGUAUAAAGUUAAAAAAAAAAUGUGUUAAAUUGCCAUCUUAGCAAUCCCAGUGUCAAGUCCCAAGUUUCGAGCGAUCCUAGUCUUAAAUAGUUAGCUGGUAGAUAUUACAUUGUUGUACAUAAUAUGAGUAGGUAUAUUUAUUUAAUGCUAAUACUCAGAACGGAUUUUAUUGAAAUGAUAUUCCUUUGUGUUCGGAUUUCUGCAGCUACCUACCGAUUUCUAUACACAGUUGGAUAAACAAGUGCUUUGAACAGAAUUAAUUUUUGUGUUUUCCAAUGCUGGUGAAAAUUUAAAUUUGACUGUCACAAAAAUGUUUCGAUGUUGAUGCGUGUUCUCUAAAUAUAA